UGUCACCAACAUGGUACGUGUUUCCUCCUGGCAGCCGAGCUUCCUUGUUUGUCCAUAAGCGUCCUGUUUCACUCCUGAUGGAGCCUCCUUCGUAUGAAGAGGCCAGUCUCCACCCUCCAACUCUGACCACAGAAGGAUUAAACAUCCCACCUCCCCCUUCCUACGACGCCUCCCUCUCCUCUCCCGCAACGCCUCCCCCCACCUAUGGAGAAGCAGUUACAAUCCAGCCGGAUCCAUUUCCACCCUCUGUGCCAGCUGCUGUGACCUCACCUCCCCAAAACACUGACAACGUAAUCCAUCCACAUACACAAGUCGGUGUAAGGUCGGCUCUCAACGGCAGACAAACUCAGCCAGUAGUAGUUGUGACCCAGCCGACGCCUGUUCCUAUCUUAGUGACAUGUCUGAGAGACAGCCCUGCUUUGGUCUGCUGCCCACACUGCCACCACACUGUCACCACUAAAGUCAUAUACCUGCCUGGGAGGGCUGCCUGGUGUCUGUGUGUACUUCUCACAUUGAUGGGGUUGAUCUGUGGUUUCUGUCUGAUCCCAUUCAUGGUACGUGGACUACAAGAUGCACAUCACUCCUGCCCACGGUGUGGAAACCAUCUGCACGUAUACACAAGAUGACGCCGUCAGGAUGGAUAAUCCUCCUGCUGUCCUCAGUCCACCCAAAAUCUUCCAACACUCUACUGCGUUUGUCACAUCGUGGGUAAAUAGUUUGUCAUGAGCUAGGAAUGUGCGCAGCUCACUCUACAAGCUACAGGGGGAAACAGAGUGUAUUUAAGUGAUUAUAAGUGUUUAAUAUAUAACAGAGUACAUACUGAGCGUAAGGAUGGACAGAGGAGAAGUGGAUUAUGAGAAGAUUUGAGAAGUUUCUGUGAAUAUUUUCACAGAAUAUUUUUUCUGCUGUAGAUACUUGUCACAUUUACUUAAAAUAUUGAAUUUUUAAUUGUGAAUUUCAUCUCCGUAGUUUACAGUUUUGAACAUUUUAAGACAUUCUUCAGAAGCACACAAGCAUUUGUAACAUAUGUAGUAUGAAACUAAGCAAAGACACUUUUUGCACUUUUUGAUCUUUUGUACGGAUUUAUUAUAAGGGUGGGUGGGGUUUUAAUUUGAGACUGAGAGGACACUUAUCACAAACAAGAUGAUGUCCAGUCCAGGGACUUAAUUUGUCGUUCUGUUUUUGUUUUUCAUGCAUUGUAAUGAUUAUUAGUUUCCAUAUUUAAAUAAGCAAAUAAAAUCUUUGUUAUUUCUCUUUUUCUUCUACAGAUAUAGCUAAUGCUAAUGUUUACUGACUGCAAUGACAUGGGGGAAACUUGUCCAGGUAUGAAUGCCAGACAUGUUUUUCUUUGUUAAACCAAACAAAGCCUAUUAGAAAACUGCACACCCAUGCUAACCCCACACAGGUGGUUUGAGUUAUUCUGAUUAGACCUCUGCUCAGGACUGGAUGUGGGUGUGCACAGACAAAUUACACCAUUAACACUCUUGGUAGCAGCCUACAUGGGAGUGAGCUGAGGUAAUUCCAGCAUAAAGCUCCACCCAGCUUCAAUCUGAGCACGUCUCAUCAGACAGUGAGUGAAAACACCUGUGUGGUUGUGCAGAGUCGUCAAGGUACAAUCUGUGAUCCAAAUGUUCAGAAAUAUUUUGUCCCAAGAGCAAAACAAAAUAAAAAAUUACAAAAUGAAAUCACAGUGAUUGGACCCUGCAGCUUCUCAAACUCAUUGACAGAACUUUUAAUACAGACACAGGACAAGUAAAUUCCGCACACACCGUAGAAGGCUUAUAUCUUGAAUUGUAAUUUUAUUAUGAAAACAGUUAUGAAUUAUGAAUUAUUAUCACAAGAAACAAAAAAUGGUGUUAAAAAGUUUUUACUGUGAUGAACACCGACUGUACAAUUUUAACCCUGUCAUUGAAGCUGAUUAUAUUCUAUAUUUUUUAGUUUUUCAAAUUUACUUCCAUGUCAUAAAUUUGCCUUUUUGUCUUUGCAUUACUUUUAAAAUUACUUUUCAAAGAUAAAAUGUUAUUAUAGAUGUUACACAGAGAGAGACAGUGUGUGCGUAGAUCUUUACAAAUGUGUGUCUUGUUGAGAAGAUACCAGAUUCAUGAACUCUAUCUGUCUGUUAAAUAUGAACCGUAACCCAUUGACAGAGCCAGGCUAGCAGUCUCAAUGCUAAGCUAACCGUCUCCUAUCAGUAGCUUCUAAUUUACCAGACAGAUAAUGCAUGAGAGUAUGGUAUCAAUCUUCUCACCUAACUGUGGGCGAGAAAACAAAUAAGCUUAUCUCUCAAAAUGUUGAACUAUGCCUUCAAUAGUUCCUUUACUGUGAUUAAACCUGCUGUGAAUUCCUGGUGUGGAAAACAGGCCGAAGGUUGAAGAUGAAGCAUAUAGUAUAGUGCCUGUACUGCUGAGUCUCUUAACUACAAUGCAAUGACCCAUUAAUUAAUGUUCUUUACCCGUCGCUGUAAUGACACACCAUGCCGUUUUUUUUUUUGUUAAAUCAAAAUGUGUUAUGUGUUAAACAUGUUAUUAUUUAUCAUUCUAUCAUGAUCUAUCAGGAAAUAAAAAGGGGUCUUGGUUACUCUGACAAAGGUGUGCACUUGUAUUUUUCUAACAUGUGCA